AUUGGGCCAAAUCUUGAAUUGAAGAUUAGUGAGAUCCCACAAGUAUUCAAAGGGUGGCCUAUUGUUGUGUAAGUGGUUCAGUUUGACUUGUUAAACUGUUAAAGAGAGUGUUCUACUUCUUUCCAAAUCGCAAAGAAAGGCGAAAAUGGAGGGAUCUGACUCUGCUCUGAACCAUCCCUACUCGCCUCAAAAUGUAAAGCUGCCCGGAUUUGUACCUGGGUUCCUCUCACAGGUCACCAUUCUUGGCAUUUACGGCCUCGCUUCCCUAUUCGUCGUUUUCGUUACUUGGCUCAUCUCAGGAAGAGCCCCGAAGAAAUCAAAACUUGAUAGAUGGCUUAUGUGCUGGUGGGCUUUCACUGGCCUCACUCAUAUUAUACUUGAAGGAUAUUUUGCGUUCUCACCUGAGUUUUACAAGGAUAAGACUGGUUGUUUCCUUGCUGAAGUCUGGAAAGAAUACAGCAAAGGUGAUUCAAGAUACGCAUUCAGAGAUGCAGGAAUUGUUACCGUUGAAGGAAUAACUGCGGUUGUAGAGGGUCCGGCUUGCCUUCUUGCAGUGUAUGCAAUAGCUAAAGGCAAGUCAUAUAGCUACGUGCUCCAGCUAGCCAUUUCUUUGGGGCAGCUCUACGGAACUGCUGUAUAUUUCAUUACAGCCCUCUUGGAAGGUGACCACUUUGCUGCAAGUCAACUUUACUACUAUGAAUACUACAUUGCUGCAAAUGCUUCCUGGAUCGUUAUACCCACACUCAUUUCAAUCCGGAGUUGGAAGAGGAUUUGUGCAGCAGUACAGGCUCAAGGCCAGAAGAAGAACAAAACUCGCUGAGGUUGACUUAAUUUUACGGUUUACAAUUCUUGUAAUUCUGCAUUGUUCCAGUUAUAAACAUGUUUCUUUGGAAUAAUAGUUUUACAUUCUACACUCCAUUUGCAAAGCUUCUUUUAGAAUGUAAAAAAUUUGGUUUGUAGAUCCAAAUUUAUGAAACAGUCAGCAAGCAAUGAAUGGUUUAGAAGCUUUACAGACAAUCAAAGGUUUCUUA